AUGGGGCUGCAUAGCAGCAGGCUUGACAUUGACUGGGAUCUCAGCCGCAAAUCUGCCUAUGGCAAUUACAAAAUAGAAGCUGAAGCCGGUAUUUCUGCCGAAAUACCCUGCCGGGCUUUUGCCCAGCAUCAAGUCGGUAAGGAAAGACCCGACAUCGAGUCCAGUGCUUGUGGAUGGCCGACUCAAUCUCAUGGACGCAGCAAGCGUCUUGUGCGGAUUCCUGCACAUCGGGUCGUUCUGGCUGCCGCCAGUGACUAUUUCGCUGCCAUGUUUCGAAACCGGCUGAAAGAAGCGGAACAAUCGGAAGUUUGGAUACACGAGGUGACUCCAGAUGCCCUCAAGACACUGAUCGACUACAUCUACACAGGUCAGUUGAAAGGUUUUUUUCAAGAGUUUAAGAGACCUACCAAGAGUUACCAACACGAGCUAACAAGAACCUUUCGGCUUGAAUAUAACCUUUAA